AUGGCAGGAAAUACCGAGAUCCUGUGCCAGGCGGUGCUAGGCUUCGUCACCGAAGGGACGUACCCCGAGGAGAGUGUAGUUGCUGGUAAAUUUCCGGCAGCUGCUCUCGCCAGGGAACUCGAGCUUAUAUCGAAGGCGCGUGAGCAGGUAGAGAAUGAGAUUAGCUCUUUGAGUCGCGAGAACAUCUUCGAUGCCGACGACUGGAUAAUCCAAGCGAAACAACUUCACGCCGACAUAGAACGCUCUAGAUUGACUGCGCGAGAAAUCGUUGCGCAGCAUGAGCAUACCGAACCUCUGAAGGCGAAGGUUGAAGAUGCGAGGGCGAAAGUCGCCCUGGUUGAGACGGAGAUUGCCUUCAAUCAGGCCGUAGCGGGGAGCCUAGAGCAGGUGCACCGAUUGUGCCAGCAGCUGGAAGCAGGGCGAGCAGCUCUCAGACGUGGCCAGAUCACCACCGCCAUUGAGCAGUUGGAGUCUACCGACGCAGCUGUUGGAAAGGACGCCUUCUUUACCAAUACAAAUGUGAUGGGUAUACUUUCUGACGAGGUUUCAAUGCUGCGAUCGGAGAUUGUCGAGGCGCUUCAUUCGCGCUGGGCUGAUCAGUUGAAAGUUGACCGACAGCAAGGUGAAUUCUAUGUCUCCAGUGGAGAUGCAGCUGCAGAUUCUCUUGAGAGCACUAUUUCAUCGCUGGCCCGACUGGAUAUACUCACAUCUGCCCUUGAGAAACUACAAAGGGAUCUCUUGUCUGCGAUCGUAAAUCCGAUCUUACUACCCCACCCUGAUGGAACUAGCCAUGGUGUGGUGGCGACGGAGACCAGCAUUCGAAUUGAGCCUGAGGCCUCAAAGACAACCGUAUUGGAGACCCUGGAUCGCCUUUCCAGUGUUUUGUGCUACUUGCGACGACACUUGCCGUCAUCGGUGUCCGCAACUUUCUCCGAAUCGUUCAUUGUGACUAUUUCCUCGAAGAUGAUAUCCGAGUGGUUAUCGUCUGCUAUUCCCACCGAUCUAGGUGGCCUCGCCGAAUUUGAGAACAUCCUGAACCAUGUUUUACACUUCACGAAGCAGAUAGAGUCUUGGGGUUGGACUGGCCAAAAAGAACUCGUCUCAUGGGUCAACCAAGCUCCACGCCUGUGGUUGACUCGGCGCAGAGUCGACUCGCUCGAUAGUGUUCGUAAAUUUAUUGCCGCCAGCCAGGGAACCACAAAACAGGUUGAACGAAUUGAAAAGGAAAAUGUUUCUCAGUCCGAGGGUUCUCUAUUAGAGAAUGCCAGCAAUGAUGACUGGGAUGCGGACUGGGAUGACGACAAAGAAGACGAGCCUAAGGAAGCAGAAACAGCAAAACCCGAGGAACUGGAGGGAGAUGUCAGUGCGUGGGGUCUUGAUGAGGAGGAAAUAGAGGAUAAUCCCAAUCAGGCCAAACAAGAGGCAGCUACUUCUGCGGAAGAUGAUGACGCCGACGAUGCCUGGGGCUGGGGGGACGAAGAUGAAGAUGACCACAAAGUCAUCAAUAAGCCUUCGCAGCCCCAGAAAACAGCAGCGAUAAACCCGACCGACCAGAAGAAUACAACUGGAUCUGCAUCGCCAAAAGAGGUCAUCCUGAAGGAAGUUUUCACGAUCACCGACAUCCCUGAAUCUGUUCUUGGGGUCGUUCGGCAGCAAAUUACUGAUUCAAAGGAUAUUUUGCAGCCUAUUUAUGCCAAUUCCCGCGUCGCCUCUUCUGGUACAGGUCUUCUUGCUUUGCCAACCUUGAUCCUGGCUAUGUUCAAAGCUACAUCAUCCACAUUCUACUCACUGAAACUCACUUCAGGGCAGAUGUACCUGUACAAUGAUAGUCUGUAUCUUGCAGAUGAAAUUCGGAAACUAGUUGAAGAACAUGAACUAUCCAGACUCCAGUCCGAUAUUGAAGCUUUGGAGAAAUUUGGCAAACUUGCAUAUAGCAAAGAGAUGCAGACGCAACGCACGAUCGUCACAGAUCUGCUUGACGGAGCCCAAGGAUUUGGACAAUGCUCCGAGCAGCCGUUCCAAGCAGACUGUGAGAAUUCUAUUGGUGCAACUGUCGAUCGAAUUCGCGAUGUUCACAAGGAAUGGCAACCUAUACUGUCUCAUUCCGCGCUGCUCCAAUCAGUUGGAUCUCUCCUAUCAACAGUGAUCAACAAGGUGGUCAUUGACAUUGAAGAUUUGGGUGAUAUCUCGGAAAACCAGUCACGGCAACUUGUCUCCUUCUGUAAUCAACUCUCAAAAUUGGAGGACCUCUUCAUGCCUGAGACAAAUGGUGAUGCUGAGGUCUUGCCCGUCACUGCCAUCUACGUUCCGAGCUGGCUCCGCUUCCAGUAUCUGAUCAAUAUUCUGGAGAGUUCCCUUGCCGAUAUCAAAUUCCUUUGGCUCGAAGGGGAGCUAGGCUUGGAGUUCUCUGCUGAUGAAGUGAUUGACCUGAUUGAGGCCUUGUUUGCAGAGUCUGAUUACCGGCGACGUGCUAUUUCAGAGAUUCGAAGAGCGCCCAGAGGCAAUUUUAACGAUUUUACAAUGAGCGAAGACUUGGUCACUUCUGCUGCUGCAGAGUCUGCGCUGAGACAAGUCCGAGUGCAGCUCAUUAGCCAGCAGGAGGAUAUUGCUCUGCCUGAAAGCACCGGCCCAAUUCUUGUUCCUACUGGACUUCGAAGAUAUGCGCUGUCAACACUUGUAAACAAUCUUCUUUCAAGCGAAAAGCCCAUUCCAUUCGAGUUUUUGAUCAAUGGAACUUUUUUGCGGACCUCGAUUGAUGAAUAUUUGGUCGACAAUGGUAUCUCUGCUGAGACGACCCUCGAGAUUGAAUAUGUUCGAGCUUUGAUCCCGCCUCUUCACAUCGCCUCAUUCCAGCACGAUGACUGGGUUAGUGCGACAGACGUCCUUUCCACGACUUCACCUGCUGCAUCCUGGGCCUCAGGUGCUACUUUCACCAAGGGCCAGGAAAGAAUCCUAUCAGGAAGCUAUGAUGGUCUCCUUCGCAUCUGGAAUAUGUCGUCUGAGACUAUUGCGACCUCUCCUGCCGCCGCCGAUGGUGGUCACACCGCUUCUAUCAGAGCCGCCAGGUUUGUUUCCCCGAACCAGAUCGCAUCGGCAGGUCUUGAUCGUACGGUCCGAUUGUGGAAGUAUACGGAGGGUGAAGGUGGUUUCACUGGAAAAAUCUCUCCUCAGCUGGAGCUGUACGGUCACAAGGCUGGAAUUGAGUCACUAGCAGUUCAUGCCAAGUCCAAUCGUCUGUUGACUGGUUCUGCAGACAACACUGUUGGAUUCUGGUCAACUAAGAAGGCUGAUGCUCCGGCAGCACCUGAAAACUUGCUUCCUUCCAACAAUGCUCGGAACACAAAGCGCCGCAAGCUGAACACAUCCGUCACCACACCUCGCCGUGGUCCUCUGACUCUUCUGUCAGCUCACACGGCACCUGUCUCUGCUGCUAUUUUCGACGGAAAAGAUGCUACCGUUGGUUACUCGGCCUCAUGGGAUCACUCCCUGCGGACCUGGGAUCUAGUCACUGGCUCUCUGGUUGAUACUCGCACCACAUCACACUCACUCCUCUCGCUCGAGCACCUCCCCGAACUCAGCCUCUUGGCUGCCGGUACUGCUGCUCGUCAUAUCACUCUGAUUGACCCCCGUGCAUCUGCCACGACUGUGGCUGCGAUGACUCUCCGAGGCCACACCAACGCUGUUGUCAGCUUGGCUCGUGACCCCCACAGCACGUAUGGUCUCAUAAGCGGAAGCCACGACGGCACGUGCAGAAUUUGGGAUAUUCGGUCCACCAAGACCGAUAAGGAAGGUGUGGUUGGCGAGAGUGUUUACUCGAUUACCCGGAAGAGCCUCGAGGAGGAGGGUAAGUCGGAUAGCAAGCGGGUUGGCGGUGAAGGUGUCAAGGUGUUCAGCGUGUGCUGGGACAAGACAGUGGGCAUAGUCAGCGCGGGUGAGGAUAAACGGAUCCAGAUCAACCGCGGCGAAGGCGUGCUGUCUUCGAAGGCAUGA